AUGAACUUCCAACAAGCCCUAUACGACCUUUCUGGCAAAUUCCAGCUUGACGCGGUCGGUUUAGUAGCUCUGGUGGAUCUUCAGAGUAUCGCCAAAUGGACUGCUAUCACUGGUACUUCAUCCCUCACGGAUAUCCUUUUUCUGGCACCCGGCAUGCACAGACAGUCCUCAGCCCCUAGUCUUAGUGGCGGAGAAUUAGCUUUGACGUCAGGAUACGUCUUUCGGAUUGAGAAUGAAGCCACGGUGCACUUUUUGCAAAGUGUCGGAAAAACGGGUAAUCUACUCAACCUAGUCGUGGACUUGCCGCCGACUACCAUAAAGGAGAAGUUGAGAUGCUUGAUCGAAAGCCCUGGUAAGACUCCACUCUUCCUCUAUGCAAUUGGUCAGAUCUUGACAGUCGCUGUGAUUAUCAUCCUUGCAUUGUUGGAAGACUGGUGGGCCCUGGUGACACUUGCCAUGUGGAUGUCUGCUCGAAUCUGCAACACCUGGUCUAUCAAAAGGCGGAGUCACAUUGGCUGGAAAGGCAAGACAGAGCCCGGGGCGAACGGUGAUCUUCUCAUUCUACUCACUCAAGAUCGAUGGAUUCGUCUUCGGGGCACAGUCGAUGACUUGAAGGCCGUUACUUCCGGGCAAUGGCUCCGAGACAAAACUUUGCUUGACGAGCUACUCAUCACCUUCUCGACACUCAUGGUAUAUUGGUCCGCUGUCAUAUCGGGAAAUUCAUCCAUAACGGGUAGCCUGUGUCUCCUUUGUCUGAUGCUUGUAUCGGCGGGGCUAUUGGAAUUAUGUACGGGAUUAUCAAAGGGUUUCCGAAUGUAUGGGCGUAUGCUUAGGGUGGUUGGAAAGUCGACCUCUUACACACGGAGACUAGACUUGGCGGAGGAGCUCAUUCAAGAGACAGGAAGGGAUGGCUGGGCAAUUGGCCUCGGCAUGAUAUUGAAACCCACCGGUCGAGGCGAGGGACCUGUUCUUCUCUGUUCAACUGUUGACUAUCAAGCUAUGUCGAGUAUCUGA